AGCCGGCGCAGCGUUCGGCGGGCAGAUCGUCGUGCAGAACUGGUGGAACGCUUUCACGCCCUGGACUGGCAUGGAAGGCGAGCCGCCUUUGCUUGAAGAGCUCGGCAUCAACUUCGACCACAUCCUGCAAAAGUCGCUCACGGUCCUCAACCCGCUGCGGACGGUCGACCCGCACAUCAUGGACGACGCCGACCUCGCCGGCCCGCUCGUCUUCUGCUUCGUCUUUGCGUCCUUCCUCCUCCUCUCGGGCAAGCCCCAGUUCUCGUACAUCUACGGCGUCGCCCUUAUCGGCUCGACGGCGAUGUACUGCCUUCUGAACCUCAUGUCGGAGAGCGGCAUCGACGCGUACCGCACGGCAUCGGUCCUCGGGUACUGCAUCUUGCCUCUCGUCCUCCUCAGCAUGUUCUCGGUCGUCCUCAGCCUCGACGGCAUGCUCGGCUACAUCUUGUCGAGCCUGAGCGUUCUGUGGUGCUCGUACUCGGCGUCGAGCAUCUUCUCGUCCGUCCUACACCUGUCGCAUCAGCGUUUCCUCGUCGGCUAUCCGGUCGGGCUCUUAUACACCGCGUUCAGCCUCUUCGUGUUCGAGGUCGAAAAGGUCAAAAAGUAGCCUCGCGACUUGCAGUUCAAAGCCACUUUUCCUCUCG